GGCAUUUGCCACGGUGUGCGUGCAUAGAUCCAGACGUUGGCGACGACCAAACUCGUUUCAAGACCGUCGGCGACAGCGCUCUCCAUCUCUCCGUUCACGACUCCGCUGCUCCUCCACGUUUUCUAGAGACCAGUCUCUCGACGACCGCGAACGCUGCACGAGCCGGCCGCCCUCUCCCUGCCUUCUACCUCUCCAUCUGCGCUGCACCCGCGCUUUACCGAGCGUUGCCACUUGUCCCGACCCUAGUCCAUUGAACGAUGCAGACCAUCAAGUGUGUAGUUGUUGGAGACGGUGCGGUUGGAAAGACGUGCCUGUUGAUCUCCUAUACGACCAACAAGUUCCCGAGCGAGUAUGUGCCCACCGUCUUCGACAAUUAUGCCGUGACCGUCAUGAUCGGCGAGGACCCCUAUACACUGGGUCUGUUUGAUACUGCUGGCCAGGAGGAUUACGAUCGACUCCGGCCGUUGUCGUACCCGCAGACGGACGUGUUUCUUGUGUGCUUUAGUGUAACAUCUCCAGCCUCCUUCGAGAACGUAAAGGAGAAAUGGUUCCCGGAGGUUCGCCACCACUGUCCGGGCGUGCCCUGCCUCAUCGUCGGCACGCAAAUCGACUUGAGGGACGACUCGCAGGUGAUCGAGAAGCUGGCGCGGCAAAAGCAGAGACCGGUCACGAGCGACCAAGGCGAGCGGCUCGCUCGGGAACUUGGCGCGGUCAAGUACGUCGAGUGCUCAGCACUCACGCAGAAGGGAUUGAAGAACGUGUUUGAUGAGGCCAUCGUCGCCGCGCUGGAGCCACCCGUGGUGAAGAAGAAGGGGCCGAAAUGUGUCAUCCUCUGAGCUGCUGCAGCGCCCGCCCUCGUGUCUUCACGGUCUUCCUUACGAGUAACAUCAUGCCCACGUCCUGCUCCAUAUCUUCUACCGCCACGCUCGCGUAUAUCUUCCUACUCUACCGCCAGCCACCCAUUGCUCUCUUCCUGCCUCUCUUACAGACAGAUUUUAAAUCUAUAUCUUCGGAAUCAAGCCUACUACUAAGCUAAAGCUAUAUUCUUGAGGUUGCUUAUGUCUUUUUUCCACACUUUUUUUCCGAGGUGCUCAGUCCUCGAUCAACCUUCCCUUGGUCAUCGGUGUCCUUCAGUCCCUCCUUCGUGCGCGCCUCUUCGUUUUCUUCUGUUUCUGUGGGUCCUGGUUGAUAGGGUGGUCUGGCGGAGUGAAGAUAAUAUUGUGAUACCCGGGCAAAGCACCAAUCUACAUAGACGUUCGCAGCCCUCGA